GUCAGCAGGGAAUCCCUCGAACUAAACUCAGAUUAACUUAUCACUAUUGCAGCUAGGAUAUAGCGAUUAAGCUUCAAACCACGGUGAAGUUUCCAAGCUUUAUUAUCCUCUUCUCAUCUUCUCCGUCCUCUGCCUCUAUUAGCCAUGUCAAGAGGAACGGACCGUCUAAUAAAGAACGUGAAACAGUUCACAGACAGGCAAUACAAGCAAUUCACAUCUCGUUAUGGCCAACAAGUGAUUGACAUUUUCGAAUUCCCAAUUAAGGUGGUUUUGUCUCCUUUUACUCUUGCUUUCGACAUUGCUGGUUCUGCUCCUCGUGGGUUUGGUAUACCUGAGCUCAUCUCCAAGCUCUCUUAUCUUUCUGUCUUUGCUGUUGCAACUCUUGGGACCUAUGAUAUUGCUUUGGAGCUGGGAAAGAAGGUGAUAUGUCAAAGGAAUUGUCGGACUUGCAAUGGAUGGCAGGCAUUGCGGUGUACUAUGUGCAAAGGAUCAGGGAAGGUGCACUACCAAGUAAAAAAUUACACCUUGAGGAGUGGAGAGAAGGCUACAGCUGAAUGCAUUGCAGAUGCUAUUGCCAACAAUCGGGCAGAGCUGGUGCACCUUCCAUCCACUAUGGAUCUUAAUAUACCUUUGCCAUCUAACGAAUGUCCAACUUGUGAUGGAACGGGUGUUAUGGGCUGUCCUGAAUGCAAAGACAAAUUACAAGUCAGGAUCUCUGCAGAUGAUAUAAUGGAACCUCCAUGGAAGGCCUAUAACAUCAUGAGAAAGAUGGACUAUCCUUAUGAGCAUAUAGUGGAAAGCAUGAAAGAUCCCAGCAUUGCUGCAUUUUGGUUAUUUUCAUUGCCCCAAAUUGUGGGUGGAUUCAAUUACGAUGAUGAUGUCAAGCAAAAGAUUUGGUGGCAAUACAAGGAAUCUAUGCGGUAUGAUCAACUACGGGAUGUGGUAGCAAAGAGAAAACCAGGAUGGGAGCACUUGCAGGAAGCCUUGAUCUCAAUAGAUCCUAUCCGUGCCAGAGAAGAUCCUGUGAUUGUAAAAAAUAUCCCAUACUACAAGGCCAAAAAGGCACUGGAGGCAGAGGUCAUGAAACUUAAUCCUCCACCACGGCCACAAAAUUGGGGUGAGCUGGACCUUCCAUUGAAUGUAUCAUCCUGGAGUGAGGAAGACCUUAAAAAUCCAGAAAAAUUCUAUGAGAUGACUGUUCUUCUGAAUGCACAAAGAGAAAUUGCUGAUAAAAUUUUGGAUGCACAAUGGGAAACUAAAUGGCGCCAAGAAAAGUUGAAUGAGAUUUUGGAGGAGAAGGUACGGCCAUACAUUCAGAACAUCAAUAAUGCAGUACUAUCCCGGCCUAUUAUAAUGCAAUCACAGAAUAAGGAUAAAAAGAGGAGUCGGCAAAGGAGAUGGUGGUUUUUCUGAAAGUUGCUUUACACAUUUCCCUUGUCUUGAUGCCUUUUUGUUGUACAAUUUGUAUUUCUUCCAAUUUCUUCACUCUGUAAUUUACAUUUUUCCUUUUAUCUUUACCUUAUUCAAGGUCAUUUUUGAAAAAAGAGAAGAAAAAAAAGUAGUUGGAGGCAUCUCUCUCUCUCUCUCUCUCUAGCAUGUUUAGUGUAUCUCAAUAUAAUUAUUUUUGUUGUAUAAUUUGAAGUUCUCACAUGUUCUUCCGCUCUUGAUGUCUUAAGUUAGUUGGACUUGUAUUUGAUCAAUCUGGGGAUGCUGAAAGAGGAAUUUCGCUGCAUAUGUUAUCUUUCUCUUCCAUUUUACUUGUAUUUUAGUAGCUUCA